AUGCAACAACCGGCAACCCCUAAUGCCGUCCGACCGAAAGAAGGAAGCAACGGCGGCGGCAAGCCGGCGGCGCCGAGGAAGAAGCCGCCGACGCCGCAGGAGCUGAUAUCCCACUACGAGACGCAGGGGAUGAGUUCGCACGAGGCUUCGAUGAAGGUAAUCGAAGACCUGCAGAACGUGCUGUUCAGGGUGGUCUCCGCCAACAGCAGCAAGGCGAAGAAGGACAAGGCCGCGGUGGACGCGUCGCGGAAGAUUGACGUGGUGAACAGCAGAGUGGCGGUGGUGGACAUGAAGCUGGAUUCCAAGCCCGGCUACCUAGGAGCUUUCGGCGUCGGAAUCGCUUCAGGCGUGGCGUUGCGAGGGGUGGAGAAGGUGUUGCCCAAUGUGUUGGAAGGGAUUGGCCAAAUUUGGAGCGCUGUUGGGAGCGUCACGAAGCCUCCCACUUCGUCUUCUUCGUCGUAA